CUCCAUAUAUAUCACCACCCUCAACCAAACCAUAGUGGCUCAAGCACUCUAUAGCAUAUACUUGCCUUUGUGAAAUUGAAAAGAUGAAAAAACCAAACACUAGUACUAGUGGUUCACCAAAACUUGAUCGCAAAACUAUCGAAAGGAACCGCAGGAUUCACAUGAAAUCUCUCUGCUUCAAGCUUGUUUCCACUAUUCCUUCCAAUGACCUCAAACCCACCAAGGACAUGCUUUCCCAGCAGGAUCAGCUUGAUCUAGCAACCACGUACAUAAAGCGUCUGAAGGAAAGAAUAGAGAAACUGAAGGGGGAGAAGGAGAAAAUCAUGAACAUGAUGAUGAGCUCAAACCAAAACAACAAUAGCAUUUUCAAUAUUGGCUCACAGUUGCCUCUACUUGAGAUAAAGGACUUGGGUUCGGGCAUUGAAGUGAUGUUGAUAAGUGGGUUAAAUAAGAACUUCAUGCUCUAUGAAGUAAUUAGUGUCCUCGAGGAAGAGGGUGCUGAAGUUGUCACUGCCAACUUCUCUACAGUUGCUGAUAAGAUUUUUUACACGGUUCAUGCUCAGGUUAAAAUAUCAAGAGUUGGUGUUGAGCCAACGAGGGUAUAUCAAAGGCUUCAGGAGUUGAUUGCACCACUAGAAAUCUGGGAGUACAUACCAUGAUCAAAUUAAAGAGCCACUAUCGCUAGCCGUAUUGCUGGCCAAUUAGAAAAUGACAACAUGCAAUAUUGAGAGUAGCUAGUUAUAAUAGUGAAUCAAUAUCUCAAGUAUUAGCAAGCUUAGGUUGCAUAUGUUUUAGGAAAUUUAUUGGUUUAAAGAAGUCUCUUCUCUUCACGUAUUCAGACAAUUGUUACUUGUUUUUUUAUCUUUGGUAAUUUCAGAUAAUGUGUUACUUCUUUCAUGUGUUUAAAGAAAUCUCUUCACGUGUUCAGAUUUA